AUGCAAUUUAAAAGAGUUCCCAUAUUUCCUACAAAAUCAGAAAAUUUGGAGCGGUUGGCUCUAGCAGACAACAAAAUCAGUGGUGAAGUACCAAACUGGAUGUGGAAUUUAAGCAAGGAAACUCUAGUACUCCUGGACAUUUCUGGAAACUUAUUUUCAGGAGAACUUCCAGCUGUCAUACCCUGGGUUAACCUGCUCUCUUUGAGGCUUUCAAACAACAUUUUUCAAGGACGAUUACCGAUCCCUCCACCAUCCUUGCUAGAAUAUGGAGCCAAUAACAACAAAUUUACUGGAGAAAUUUCACCAUUGCUUUGCAAUAUGAAUUCUCUUAUGUACCUUGACUUGUCGACAAAUAACUUGAGUGGCACGCUUCCUCUGUGUCUCGGAAACUUUAGUGAGGGUCUAUUGCUUUUACUUAUUGGAAGCAACUCGUUUUAUGGAAUGAUGCCUCAACCAUUCAACAACAGAAGCAGUUUGAGGAUGAUUGAUGUUAGUCAGAACCAAUUGCAGGGGCAAUUACCGAGGUCAUUGGCGAAUUGUGUGAUGCUUGAGUAUCUGGUUCUGUCAAACAAUCAAUUCAGUGAUGUUUUUCCCAUUUGGUUGAGGACUCUUCAAGAGUUAAAACUUUUGGCAAUGCGCCAUAAUGGGUUUAAUGGUGUGAUAGGACAGUCUAGAACAAAUGUUGACUUCCCCAAGUUACGCAUUCUUGAUUUGUCUUACAACAAUUUCACAGGUGAGAUUCCAUCUUUGUUUCCAGAUAUUGCUGUAAACAUGUCAACAUACAUGCAGGCACAAGUACAGUAUGUCAUCACUGAUAUUUAUCUUACACGAAAUGUUUCUUACUCAAUCACAUUAGCAAUUAAAGGUUUGGAUUUGCACUAUUCGAAGAUUCUAGAAGGCUUUGCAGCCAUUGAUAUCUCAAGCAACAAAUUUGAAGGGAAGAUUCCAGAGUUCCUUGGGAACCUUACGGAGCUUCGCUCGCUCAAUACUUCCAACAACAUUCUCACUGGUUUCAUCCCAUCAUCCCUUGGCAAGUUAACGAAUCUUGAAUCUCUGGACCUUUCACAAAACAAGCUCUCAGGGCAGAUCCCCCAACAACUGACGCAGCUUUCAUUCCUUGAGACGUUUAGUGUGUCUCACAACAAUCUCAUUGGUCCUAUACCUCAAGGAACCCAACUUACUUCAUUCAACUGCACUUCAUAUGAGGGAAACCUAGGAUUGUGUGGAGAUCCAUUACCAAAUAAAUGUGGAAAUCAAGAGGCCCCUCAACAGCCAUUUUCAACUGAAGAAGACAGUGAUUCAGGCUCAGCUCGAACUCUUGAAUUUGAUUUGAUAUUUGGUUUGGCUGGAGUUGGAAGUGGGUUGGUAGUGGGAGUGGUUCUUGCGGAUGUCGUGGUCACAAGAAGGCAGGAGUUGUUUAUUGAGAUCGUUGGAAUGGUCAGGCUAAUGAUACGGAAAAGGUAG